AUGUCCCACUACAAGUCAGUGUCCAAGGAGGAGCAUGAGCUCCCGCAGACGCCCGUUCCAGGCCAGCACGACCCAAACGACCCCUGGAACGAUGAACUUAUCAAUAUGUACGGCGGGGCCGAACAACCCCUCGAGAACCCCGCCGUGAGGUCCAAUCCGGCGUUGGUACGCCGCGCAAUGUCCCAGCGAGUCUUACAGCAGCGUAAGAGGAAGAGGAGAAGAAAGUUGAUGUGGGUUGGCGCAGGGGCCCUGGCAAUCAUCGUCAUUGGCGUGGCUACUGGGCUGGGUGUGAGCCUGAGCAAGAAGAACGGCGAGUCGAGCUCGGGCUCAAGCUCGUCGGGAAGCGGGGGUGGAAGUGGGUCGAGUGCGGCUGUGACUGGGCAAUCGGGCAGCGUCGUGACGAUGGAAGACGGCACGAAGUUUACCUAUACGAACGACUUCGGGGGCGAUUGGGCUGAGGAUCCGAAGCAGCCAUUCACCGCGGGCGGGAAGGCACAGAGCUGGAGUCCUCGCGUCGGCAAGGAGGAAUGGGUGUGGGGAGAGCAUGUCGUGAAAGGCGUCAACCUUGGUGGAUGGCUUGUGACGGAGCCAUUUAUCGUCCCUGCUCUCUAUGAAGAAUACGUCGGGAAGUCAAACAUCGAGGUUCUCGACGAGUGGACCUUAUCACUAGCGAUGGGUGCCGAUCUCUCGAAAAAGAUGGAAGAGCACUACAAGACGUUCAUUACUGAGAAAGACUUCGCCGAAAUUGCAGCUGCCGGUCUGAACUGGGUCAGAAUACCAAUAGGAUUUUGGGCCAUCGAAACGAUAAACGAUGAGCCCUUCCUCGCCGGAACUUCGUGGACGUACUUCCUGAAAGCGAUUCAAUGGGCAAGGAAAUAUGGCAUUCGUAUAUUCCUUGAUCUGCAUGCCCUUCCUGGAAGCCAAAACGCCUGGAAUCACUCUGGCAAGAGCGGUCAAGUGAAUUUCAUGAACGGCGUAAUGGGUAUUGCAAAUGCACAACGAACGCUGUCGUAUCUUCGGACGAUCACACAGUUCGUGAGCCAGCCUCAGUACCGGGACGUUGUCGGGAUUGUGGGCAUCGUCAACGAGAUUCUUUGGGGGACAAUUGGUCAGCAGGCAGUGCAGAGCUUCUACUAUGCUGCCUACGAAGCCAUCAGAAAAGCUAGCGGGAUCGAAUCUGGGCCAUAUGUUGCCAUCCAUGAGGGCUUUCAAGGGCCCGCUAUCUGGGAAGGAUUCCUGUCCGGCGCUGACCGAGUAGCUCUAGAUCAACAUCCGUACCUAGCCUUCAUGGGGGAUACAACUUCCACGCCAGAUCAGCUGGCGGCCAAACCCUGUGGCUGGGCGAUCGCGACAAAUCAAUCCCAAAAAGUCUUUGGAGUGACAGUUGGUGGCGAGUGGUCGAGUGCGAUCAAUAACUGUGGUCUCUGGCUCAAUGGGAUUGGGUCGACUCCAAAUUUCCCGGACUGCGAGUCUUGGGAUAACUGGGCUGCUUACACACCUGAAAGGAUCGCGGGUUUGAAGAAAGUCGCGCUUGCAUCGAUGGACGCCCUGCAGAACUUCUUUUUCUGGACUUGGAAAAUCGGGAACUCGACAACGCUCGGAACAUCGUCGUGUCCCAUGUGGCACUAUAGACUCGGAUUGCAGCAAGGAUGGAUACCUAAAGAUCCUAGGGAAGCGAUCGGGCAUUGUGCUCAGGUUCUCAGUUCAUCCCAAAUAUUCGACGGAAAAUACCCAUCCACGGCUACCGGAGGAGUCGGCGCAGGUACUCUCGACCCUGUUCAAAGCGCCUCUCACACGUUCCCUCCACCGACCAUCUCACCCUCCUUUACGGGUACUCUAGUAGCCAUGCUACCCACUUACACGCCCACAGGGACGCUGAAAACUUUGUUCGCCCCCACGUUUACUGCGGCUCCCUCAGCCGUCGUAGGCACAGGCUGGAACAAUCCUGCAGACAACCAACCUGCAUAUGUUCCCAUUGCUGGGUGCUCCUAUCCCGACCCAUGGAAUGCCGAAUCAGCGCCACUGCCUUCCACCACCUGCUCUUGA